UGACCGGCUUUUACUUUGAUGGCGCUCUCAUUGUGAGAUUCAACCGCCUGCGUUGUCACAGCCUAACAACCUGGGAAAAUAAGUUUGACUUCCAAGCCAUUUUCCUGUUUAAUGCAAAGCUGAAAAUAAGAGCCGCAACCCCAAGAAGCUGUCAGCAUGCAUGUGGUUAAACGAGAUGGACGCCAUGAGGCAGUUAGCUUUGAUAAAAUCACAUCGCGCAUUCAGAGGUUUUGCUAUGGCCUCAAUUCUGACUUUGUGGACCCUGCUGGGAUCACGAUGAAGGUGAUCAAGGGUUUGUACAAUGGAGUGACCACUGUAGAGCUGGACACUCUGGCAGCAGAGACCGCCGCCACCCUGACCACCAAACACCCAGACUACGCCAUCUUGGCUGCACGGAUUGCUGUGUUCAAUCUGCACAAAGAGACCAAAAAGGUCUUCAGUGAUGUCAUGGAGGACCUGUACAACUAUGUUAACCCCAUCAACAAGUGUCACUCUCCCAUGAUAUCCAAGGAGACACUUGAUAUCAUACUUGAAAACAAGCAUAGGCCGGGUGCUUUCGCUGUCUACUUGGAGCCGUGGCAUUUCGACGUGUUUGACUUUUUGGAGUUGAAAAAGAACACGGGCAAGGAGGAGCAACGAGCCAGAGACCUUUUCUUCGCCAUGUGGAUCCCAGACCUUUUCAUGAAACGAGUGGAAAGCAAUCAGGAUUGGUCCCUGAUGUGUCCUGACGAGUGUCCUGGCUUGGACGAGUACUGGGGAGAAGAGUUUGAGAAACUCUACACCAGAUAUGAAAAGGAGGGUCGGACUAAGCGCGUGGUGAAGGCUCAGCAGGUGUGGUACGCCAUCAUCGAGUCGCAGACGGAAACCGGCACUCCAUAUAUGCUCUACAAGGAUGCCUGCAACAGGAAGAGCAACCAGCAGAACCUAGGAACCAUCAAAUGCAGCAACCUGUGCACAGAAAUUGUAGAGUACACCAGUAAAGAUGAGGUGGCAGUGUGUAACCUGGCUUCCAUCGCCCUCAACAUGUAUGUCUGCCCAGACAAGACCUUUGACUUCAUAAAGCUUGCGGCCGUCACCAAAGUCAUCGUUAAGAACCUGAACAAGAUCAUUGACAUCAACUACUACCCUGUGCCUGAGGCUGAGAGAUCCAACAAGCGUCACCGGCCAAUAGGCAUUGGCGUGCAGGGUCUGGCCGACGCCUUCAUCCUGAUGCGUCUCCCUUUUGAGAGCCAGGAGGCCCAGCUGCUCAACAUCCAAAUAUUUGAGACCAUCUAUUACGCUGCUCUGACUGUCAGCUGUGACCUUGCUGCGGAGUUCGGACCUUAUGAAACCUACGCUGGUUCUCCUGUCAGCAAAGGGAUCCUUCAGUAUGACAUGUGGGGCCAAACCCCGACAGAUUUGUGGGACUGGGGAUCCUUGAAGGAGAAAAUAGCCAAGCACGGCGUUAGGAACAGUUUGCUCUUGGCCCCCAUGCCCACUGCCUCCACCGCCCAGAUCCUUGGCAAUAAUGAGUCCAUCGAGGCCUACACCAGCAACAUCUACACCCGCAGAGUGCUCUCGGGAGAGUUCCAGAUUGUCAAUCCUCACCUGCUGAAGGACCUCACAGAAAGAGGACUGUGGAGCGACGACAUGAAGAAUCAGCUCAUUGCUCAUAAUGGCUCCAUUCAGGUAAUUAUUACUAUUGAUAUAAGGGAUGUCCCGAUUCAAUUGUUUUACUACGAUAAGGUACCAAUAUUGUAGCCUGAUACUGAUAUUAAAGGCCUACUGAUAUGAGAUUUUCUUAUUUAAACAGGAAUAGCAGGUCCAUUCUAUGUGUCAUACUUGAUCAUUUCGCGAUAUUGCCAUAUUUUUGCUGAAAGGAUUUAGUAGAGAAAAUUGACGAUAAAGUUCGCCACUUUUGGUACUUCCUGAAAAAGCGUCGCCUUUACCGGAAGUCGCAGACGAUGACGUCACAUGUUGAUGGCUCCUCAUAUAUUCACAUUGAUUUUAAUGGGAGUCUCCAACUAAAACAGUUAUUCGGACCGAGAAAACAACAAUUUCCCCAUUAAUUUGAGCCAGGAUGAAAGAUUCAUGUUUGAGGAUAUUGAUAGCGACGGACUAGAAAAAAAAAAAAAA